AUCUCUCUUUCUCUCUCCCUCGGUGACUGUUGCAAUACUGAUUUGCGUUUCCUCCUCUAACCUAGAAUGGGAGAUAGAGUUGAUCUUUGGUCUGAGGUCAUUAAAUCCGAGGAAGAAGACGGCGGAGAUAUACCCAAAAUUGAAGCUGUAUACCAAAGGAGGAAGAAGCCUGAUAAGUCCUCAGAAGCUGUUAAUUUAGGCUGGUUGGUCAAAGGGGUUCGUACCAGCUCCAUCAAUGGACCAAAGAGAGAUAGCUGGGCUCGUUCCCUCUCCACCAGAGGGAGGGAGAGUGUUGCGGUUGUCAACAAUCAGCCUCAGGAGAAACCAGCCAGGAGAAAGAAACCCGCUAUUCCGAAGGGAAAAGUUGUUAAAGCUCCAGACUUCCAGAAAGAGAAGGAAUACUUUCGUGAUAUUGAUGCUUUUGAGCUUCUGGAAGAGAGUCCUUCUCCCAAUAAAUCUAGUACAUGGACCAUGGGUGAACAAGUUGUUCCUGAGAUGCCACAUCUAUCCACAAGAUUAGAAAAGUGGCUGAUCUCAAAGAAGUUUAACCAUGCUUGUGGUCCUUCGAGCACACUCUCUAAGAUACUUGAAAACUCAGCCACACGCCAGGAGUCAGUUUUUGAUAAUGAAUCCUUUGAUUCAUUGCCACUAAAAACCCCAGAAAAGUCUUCUUCUGGCAACCCUUCAGUUUUCCGGCUCAUUUCAAGCCGUGAUGACAGUUCAGCUGCCGAAGAUGUGCAUGUUAGAAAAAUCAAGAUGGAAGCAAUUGACCUUGAAGAUGAGCUGAAGCAACUGUCUUUGACAUCUGAUCCGCCCUCCACUCAUCUAGAUUUCGAUAAGUCAUUUCUUGAUCUAUUGUCCGCAUGUAGACAGAUGCAACCAUCAAACUUCUUGGAAGCAUUCUCUAAAUUCUGUGAACCAGAAAGCAUUGUCAAGAUUGGUGAAGGUACAUAUGGAGAGGCUUUUCGGGCUGGUUCUAGUGUCUGUAAAAUAGUUCCAAUUGAUGGAGACUUCAGGGUUAAUGGGGAAGUACAGAAGAGAGCUGACGAAUUACAUGAGGAAGUGAUACUCUCAUGGACUCUUAAUCUACUAAGUGAAUCCGAGACUGAAGCUCAGAAUUCGUGCCCGGUGUUCAUAAAAACUCAAGAUAUAAAAGUAUGUCAAGGUCCCUAUGACCCUAUACUGAUAAAAGCAUGGGAAGAAUGGGAUGCAGUACAUGGCUCUGAGAAUGAACACCCAGAUUUCCCAGAAAAACAAUGUUAUGUCAUGUUUGUUCUGGAACAUGGUGGCAAAGACCUUGAAAAGUUUGUUCUUUUGAACUUUGAUGAAGCACGGAGCUUAUUGGUUCAGGUCACGGCUGGCCUAGCUGUUUCUGAAGCUGCUUUUGAGUUCGAGCACAGAGACCUGCAUUGGGGAAACAUUCUUCUUAGUCGGAAUAACUCGUGUACGUUGCCUUUUGUUCUCGAGGGGAAGCAAAUUUUUAUCAAAACCUUUGGCGUACAGAUAUCCAUUAUAGACUUUACUCUUUCAAGAAUCAAUACAGGUGAAAAGAUACUCUUUCUGGACCUUACUUCUGAUCCAUACCUUUUCAAAGGACCAAGAGGAGAUAAACAAUCGGAAACUUACAGAAAAAUGAAGGCAGUUACUGAAGAUUAUUGGGAAGGAAGCUUCGCUCGAACAAAUGUUCUCUGGCUAAUUUAUCUCGUGGAUAUCUUACUUACCAAGAAGUCAUUUGAACGGUCUUCAAAAAACGAAAGAGAACUUCGGUCACUGAAGAAGCGGAUGGAGAAGUAUAAAUCAGCUAAAGAGGCUGUUUCAGACCCUUUCUUCUCAGAUAUGUUAAUGGACCAAACAUCAUGAAGAAUAUAACAAACCCCAUAAGUGAUUAUCCAUAAGCCCCUCUCUCUUUCAUGUAUAGUUGUUUGCCUAGCCACUAAAAUCAACAGUAUUAGCUCUUGCUGCAUGAUAUUAUUUAAGAAUCUAUAAUCUAUAUACCAAUCUCGAUCUCUGCAAAUGUAAUGCAAGAACUGAUAUGUUAACCUUUGUUGUAUGUGACAAUAGUUUAAUGGUAGCUUUUGCCUAUGCGUAUACUUUUGAAACCA